AAAUUGAUGACCCUAAGAAAAUAUGUGUGGGUCCUUCAGACAUACCCUGCCAAAGCCAGCAGAAGCAGAGUGGUGAUAGCGAAUCAGUCAGUCACUUAGCACAACCAAGAAGUGACAGGGAAUAUGAGGGCCCCAGAAUGACUAAACAGUUCCUACGAAAACUCUGUAAGCAGCACAAGCUUUACCAUACCCCAGCACUGAAUGAUGUGCUGUAUUUACACUUCAAAGGGUUUGACUGCAUUGAGAACCUAGAGGAGUACACGGGUCUGCGCUGUCUCUGGCUGGAGUGCAAUGGAAUACAGAAAAUCCAGAACCUAGAGGCCCAAACUGAACUGCGCUGCCUCUUCCUGCAAGUGAAUUUGAUUCAUAAAAUCGAGAACCUGGAACCUCUGCAGAAACUGGAUGCUCUGAACCUCAGUAACAAUUAUAUCAAGACCAUUGAGAACCUCUCAUGCCUUCCGGUCCUGAACACACUACAGAUCGCCCACAACCACCUGGAGACAGUGGAAGACAUCCAGCACCUAAAGGAAUGUUUAAACCUUUGUGUCCUUGACCUUUCCCACAAUAAGUUGAGUGACCCAGAGAUCCUGAGCAUCCUCGAAAGCAUACCUGAUUUGCGUGUGCUGAACCUGAUGGGAAACCCCGUUAUUAAGCAAAUUGCUAAUUACCGAAGGACGGUCACUGUGCGACUGAAACACUUGACUUAUCUGGAUGACAGGCCAGUUUUUCCAAAGGACAGAGCAUGUGCAGAGGCCUGGGCCCGAGGAGGGUACGCGGCGGAGAAGGAGGAGAGAGAGCUCUGGGAGAGCAGAGAGCGGAAGAAGAUUGCAGACAGCAUCGAAGCCCUGGCCAUGAUCAAGCAGCGGGCAGAGGCGCGCAGGAGAGAGAAAGAAGGCCGAGAGGGAGGGUUGGUGUCACCGGCAGACGACAGGGACAGGCAGGAUGAGCCUCCCGUGGCAGGGGACACGCAGCAGAAGAUGGAGCUGUUUGUGAAGGACAGCUUUGCGGCCAAGGAUGAGCUGUUCCCGGACGAGCCCAGCGGGGGAGAGGCGGGACCGGUGGAAGUCGGCAGAAAGGCAGAAAGCCGGGCACCUGCAGGGAGCCUGUCUGCUCCGAACCCGGUGCCCCUGGAAGAGUCGACCUCCGGGGUGGUGGCUGCUGAAGGCUCGUUGGCUACAGAGCCGCACAGGACCGGAACCGAGGACGCAGAAGCCAUGAACCAGGGGACUGAGGAGAAGCUCGUCAUCGCGGACCUGCCUGACUUAGAAGAUGUUGAUGACACAGGCGCGGCUCUGGAAGACCUGGACAAGGAGCUGUGCUCUCCGAAGAUCGAGGCCCUCUCAAGCGGGAGUGAGGACAGUGGCACCGAACUGGAUGACGCGGCCCUCCUUGGGUCAGCACACUCACCCGUAGGUGCCCUUUCACGCAUAUUCGCAGUCUCUAGGGACCCUGGAAAGAAGGCCAAGGCACCUUUCACAGACAUUUUAAAGAAAGAAGUGAUGAGGGACUUGGAAAUCGAAAGUCAAGACCCCAAGUCCCCGAGACCACUCAUUCAGGAGCUCAGUGACGACAAGCCCUCGGGCCAAGGACCAGCAUCCCCCUGCUGGACAGACUUGGAGGACAGGGACAGGGACAGUGACCUGCCUGCAACCUCUUCCCCAGGAGACAGAGCUGAAAAGGACAAAACACAGCCCGAGGCAGCACCUGAGGAGCAUGGCGUGAGGGCAGGCCAGGGGGAUGCAGGACUCGCUUUGGACUGAAUCCAAGGCCCCCUCCACCGCACCGGCUGUGACAGAGGGGGACAGGUCACCUCUUCCUCUCAGAGUGCUGCUGCUUGCUAAGUAUGCUCUGGGGCUUUGGCCGUGACAGCUGCCCACGUGCCCCAUCACCUUUGUACCCUCAGCCUUUAAGGCACAUCCCUGUGCCCAGAACCUCGGUCUCCCUGUCACCUGUACAGUAACUGUGGGACUAUAAACCCCUCAUCAGCAUGAUAAAAACAUUUAACAUCAGUGAGUUCCUGGAA